AUAUCAACAGAAGACAAGUGAAAUGUGAUCGGAGGUUGUUGAGGGCAAAAUGGAGCGAAUCUCCAGUAAAUUUGUUCAUAUUUUGAUCUUUUCGGAGUAUUUACGUACUCGUCUUCACUCUGAGCGCGACCCACCUAUAAUAAAGGAUCGUAGGUACCAUCUGCGAAUGUACCCAACGUGUUUUGUUGGCAAAGACCUCGUGGAGUGGCUCGUACAGCGAGGUGAAGCGCCAAGUAGAUUUGCUGCAGUUCAGUGUAUGUGUGUUCUUCAAGAUCAUAAUCUUAUACAUCACGUGUGUGAUGACCAUGUGUUCAAGGAUGAUAUGUUGUUCUAUCGGUUUCGCUUGGAUGACCAUUCACUUCCCAUAACACAUGAUAUUUCCCUGGUUCUUAAGGGCUACAACAUUUCACAAAGGAUAAAAUCAGAUGAAAACAGCAUCGUCAAGCACCAGGAGUGCGAAGAUUYUGUGUACCGCAACUGUUUUGUUGGAAGUGCAUUAGUAGACUGGAUGGUUGAGAGCGGUGAGACACCAGACAGAUUUGGAGCCGUCAUGCUCAGUAGAGAACUUCUUGAACUUGGCCUCAUAAAACAUGUGACCGACGAUCACCACUUCAAAGAUGAUCCCAAACUUCAUUUUCAAUUUGUUAUUGACAAAAUCAUUUCCAAGAAACUGUGCGAUGGGAUGUCAUUACUGGAAAGUGGACAGAUCAUCGCUGAGCCUGGAUCACCACUAAUUGAGAGAAAAAAUGGCAAACAUUUGCCGCCCCUCAUUUUUGCUAAGCGGUCCAUACCAGUGCCUUUGUCUAACCGUGGAAAUAAUGAUAACAGUUGUUCACCAGAAAGUCCUGACUAUUUCCCAUCAAGUUGCAGUCCUGAAAACAGUUCACCAAGACCAGUGAUUGUAAGGGAAAUAACAGUGGAAGAGUUACUUGAUUCUACAGGUCCAUAUACAAUGAAAGCUAUCAAGAUAAUGAGUGACUCUGUUGGUUUUGGUUUUGUUGUUCGUGGUAAAGAACCAGUCUAUGUUCAAACUGUUGAUCCCGAGGGACCAGCUGCUGCUGCRGGACUCAGGGUACGUAUGUUUAUUCAUUCAGUAAAUGGCAAAGAAGUUCUUCACUGGUCACAUAAAGAAGUUGCAAAGGAGAUCAUGAGAGGACAGAAUGUAGUUGAUCUUAUCGUAAUGACCCACUUUCGAGGGACAUAAUUUAUUCUUUGGGAAAUGAUUGGUAAAGGACCACGACUAUCAUGGAAAAUGAUUCAUAAAGGACCAUGUCUAUCAUUGGACAUCAUUGGAAAAGGACUAUGCCUAUAAUGGCACAUGAUUGGCAAAGGACUAUGACCAUGAUGGGACAUGGUCGAUAAAGGGCCACAAUUGUUAUGGGACAUCGGAAGUGAUUUGUAAAGUUAUUAUGAUGGAACAUGGUCGGUAAAGGACCAUAAUAAUUGUUAAGGGACAUCAGUAGUGCUUUGUGUUUAAAGAUGUUGUGACAGGAUGUGGUUGAUAAAAGGCAACGAAUGGGAURGGACAUGACUAGUAAAGGGCAAAGAUUGUGAGUAGGACAACAAGGGAAUAUGUAUUCACUAUUUGAGGCAUAAGUGUUAAUAUUUGGUUCCUAUAGGAUCAUAGUUGGGAUACAAAUACAUAUUAUAUGUAUGACAGAUACACUGGUUCUUCGGGGCUGGACCUCGAGGUAACGAAUGAAUAUACAGUUUGAUUUAAACGAAAAGUUUUACUCUAGAGCUGCAAAGUUGUUCUUGUUAUUGUUAAACUUUGUCAUACUUAUCCAAACAAGUUACUUGACUUUCUUCAAAAAUUGUUACUAUAUAAUAAAUACUGGCAUUCAAAUGUCAUUCAAUAUUUUUUCGAAUUUUGACGCCCAAAAUUGGUUACCAUGAUUUCUGAUAAUAUAUUAAUAUAUCGAUACAGUGUACAUAGAAAAAAGGUUUGGUAUUAGAUUUAUUUUGUAACUAAUGUACAAAGAUGUAACACCAAGCUACCGAAUUUUGAAAUAAAAUAAGCAUAAAUACA